UCAGUCAGACUCUGACUGCAUUAUUCUGUAUUAGGUUAGCUCUCCACAACCACACCAUCAGAUCACGGUCUGGUCUGUUUGACUGUUGUGUUACUUCAUUCCCCGAAUGGUACGUGUGAGUGCCGGUCGCCUUUUUUCUUACUUCGUGUGUUUCGUUACUUCGUAGAAGUGCCAUUUCCAGGAUGGGUGAAGCCCAGGGAUUGACCGACAUGGAAGCCAAGCAGCUGUUGAAGCUUCCUGAUGCAGAAACUAAGGACUUCAUUUUCCAGCAAACGAUGUACCGCAUCAAGGACCCCCGCGCCUCCAUUCCGUUCUACAACGAGGUGCUGGGAAUGAACCUGCUGUGCAAGCUGGACUUUCCCGAGGCACAAUUUUCGCUGUACUUUAUGGGCUACGAGAACAUUACCAACCAGCCUGCCGACAAGAAGCAGUGUACCGCUUGGGCCAUGAGCCGUAAGGCCACCCUGGAGUUGACACACAACUGGGGCACCGAAUCCGAUCCGGACCAAAAGUACCACACCGGAAACAGCGAGCCACGAGGCUUUGGCCACAUCGGAAUCAUGGUGCCGGAUGUGGAGAAGGCUUGCGAGCGGUUCGAUAAGCUAGGCGUGGAGUACAUCAAGCGUCCCGAGGAUGGCCGCAUGAAGGGGCUGGCCUUCAUCAAGGAUCCGGACGGUUAUUGGAUCGAGAUCUUCAACGCGACCAAGGUGGCCGGAUUGUAGAUCUUCUGUGCCUUAACGAAAUUUGGGGUUUGAAAGCAGUUUAUGCUUGAUGUUUGUGAGGUACCGGUUUUAUUGUUUCCGUUGAACCAGAAUUGGAGUUGUUGAUUCCAUUUCGAUUGUUUUUAAGGGUACUUGUAUGCAGAUGAGUUUGCUUAAUAUUUAUUUGAGAUUUGUUUUGUUCACGAACGUACGGUCCCAGUGACAAUAAAUCGGAGAUGAGAAUGCGAAA